AUAAUAUGACAGUUUAACAUUUAAAUAAAAUUUUCCUUAACCACGUACAGUAUAUAGACGUUUUCAUCGUUGCAGUGGAAACUUCGUUUAGGUGGUGACUCAUGUUACAUCCGGGAAUGUCAUUUUUUCAUGCAAUGUGUAUUUGAAUGUUUCGUGCGUUAAUAGUUACUUUGUAACGUAAGAGGAGUGGCUGGGUGUUGGCAUAUCGGAAUCUAUAGCUUAUGUCCACAUUUAGCAGAAGGAUGAUAAAGCAUUAAUGAGAUUAUUUAGUGAAUUUGGUGAUAUUUUGCAAGCGGUAGCUGUGUUUUAACAGCAGUGUAUAAGAUUUUGCUGGUGUAUCAAUGAAUACGGAUAUCCUUGUAAUGGAUCAAGACAUUCCAUCCUUCAGCAGCAAAGAUGAAGAGAUCCAGUAUUGGAAGGAAUUGGCAGCCCAGUUACAUCAAGGGCUUGAAGAGGCUAGAGAGGAUACAAGACAAGUAGAGAGAGAACUUGAAGAAUUCCAGGAAAACUCACAGCAGUUGGAGAAGGAGUUGGAGACGCAGUUGGAACAGGCUGAUAAAACAAUACGGGAACUGCGGACACGCAACAACAGACUGCAGUUAGACAGUGACACACUGAAGGAUAGUUAUGAACAGACAAAACGACAAAAUGGCACGCAAAUAUGUGAACUGCAGACGAUGAUCUCUGAAUAUCGAAGUCACGAAGAAACUUUGCUGAAGUACAUUCGAGAGUUAGAACAAAAGAAUGACGACUUGGAACGAUCUCAUAGAGCUAUGAUGACGUCUGUAACAGAGUUUGAGUCCAAGUUGAAUUCUGCAAUAGAGCGAAAUGCUCUGCUUGAAUCUGAACAGGAUGAAGCCAGGGGAAUGGUGCAGAGACUGAAAGAUGAAGCAAGAGAUCUGAGGCAGGAGAUGAAAAUCCGGAGCUGCGAGGUACCAGACAAUGAUAAGUGUUUGGAGAGAGUUAGGAGCCCUAUUGACUCAAACAAGCUCAAGGUGGAAAUGGAAACUCAGACAAAUGUACCGGGCUCACCACUCAAAAUGCAACAGUCUGGAGGGGGCCAAAACAUUCCACUUACCCCACCAGCAAGGAUAUCUGCAAUGAAUAUUGUAGGUGACUUGCUUAGGAAAGUUGGGCUUGAGGGGUUGCUGUGCUCAGGAUGUAAACAGGUCAAGUGCUCCUGUGGGGGUGGCAACCCCCAUUCCCCCGUCAUUCCCGCUCCAAUGAUGGCACAACCUCGUAGAGGCAUUGGAAUCAAAACUGGCUUCAUGUCGCAAUGCAUCGAGAGAAAGUCUUCAGUCCAGUGACACUCCAACCAGAGAUACCUACAGGUAGUUGAAAUUGAUGGACACUGUCUUUACAUUUAACUACUGACAAGCGAGUUGAAACAAUUGUUAAGGGGAAGGCGACUGAACCGUGGCACAUCGUCCCCGUCAAUCCAUGGCAUUUUACGGGCUUAACUGCAAGAUCUUCUCACCCAACACCACUGGAUAUUUUAACCACACUAUUGCUUUUCGUAGCUGGUGCAGUAGUAACACAUCUUUGUCGUCAUGUGGAGUAGUGCCUUUCUUAUUGCUGACAUGAACAAGAACUGUUGCUCUACCCUGGUAAUGGGUAGUUGAUAUUUGUAAAAGACAGGUUAGGUUGCAUAAUGUAUGUGCUUUAUGAUUUCUUUAGAAACACUAAGACAGAAGUCACAAAAUAAUAACUUUGUCUGGUUUACAUACCAAGGCAUUAUUUCUCUGUUAGUUUAUUGGAGGGUGAUGUUUUUUGUAGAAAGAGUGCUGAAUUUUAAAAUUAAAAGUGUAAUUUGUAUUUGUGAGUGAAAAUGUUAAAAAAGAAAAAAAAUACUGUGUAUGGUGAGUUUAAAGCUGUUGAGCUCUAGCAGGUGGAAACAUUUAGUCUAGAUCUCUGUUAGUGAGUUCGUAGAAAGAACUUUGUUGUUGGGUUCCACGUUCCGUUUUUUUCCAAGACGCUAGUGUUUGGUGCCUCUUCCGUAAUAUUCGCCCCUGCAUACAAUCAAUGCAGCAACGUUCUCUCAUAUUAGAGACUUCUGGAACAUUUUUUUCUUAAUCUAAAGAAGGGAAGAUUGAUUCAAAGAGAACAUUCACUCAUGUGUAUCUGAAUUACAGCUGAUCAUUAUUGUAUAUUAUUUUUUGAACAUAAAUGUAGCCUAAGGUUUCUUCUGUACAUUACUUGGAACCACUGUGAUAAGAAUUAAGACUUAUUUUGAAAACAAAAUUAGCUUAUCAUGUGUAAUUUUAAAAUGACAACCAUUUCAGAAAUUGUCUGUGAACUCCAGUUAUGGCUUUUUAACUUUUAGUUUCUUCGAAUUCAUAUCACAUAAAGUAUCGAGCAGGCAGCUUCAUUUUUACACACUCAUGCUGAGACUGGAAUGUGUUAUGUCCCAUUUCACUGCUUUCACAUAGCUAGAAUGUAAUGAAUAAUCUGCUUCAAAUGGAAGAACAUGCAAUACUUCAGAAUAUAGAGUGUGAUUUAUUUUAAACUGCCUACUCAAUGUAGGAAUUCAGUAUUUGGAAACUCAAAAAAAUAAAUGCUUCUGUGUUUGCGUAUGUGAUGUUUUUAUUUAUAUAGAUAUAUUUUUAAUUUGAACCAUAGGUCAAAAUAUUUCUUUGAGUAAUCUAACAUGCUAACCAGUAAGGGAAUAAUGCAAUAGACAAAUACUGUCCAUUUUCUACAUUACUGUUAAUAUAAUUUACAGAAAUUCUAUGUUGUACACGCAUUUCCAAACCAAGUACAUGAAGUUUGUAGGAUAUUGGAAUGCCAUGAGUAGUAUAUAUUAUAAAUUAUUAGAAAAGUGUCUUAUGUAAUGUAAUAUUCAUUAAUUUAAUGCAUAAACUCAUCUUUUUUGAGA